AUGGAUAAACGCUCUCUAUUUUCUACAGAUCUAGCACGUCUUGAUGAUAAACGUUCUCUAUUUUCUACAGAUCUAGCACGACUUGUUGAUAAACGCUCUCUAUUUUCUACAGAUCUAGCGCGUCUUGUUGACAAUUGUUCUCUAUCUUCUACAGAUCUAGCACGUCUUGAUGAUAAACGUUCUCUAUUUUCUACAGAUCUAGCGCGUCUUGUUGAUAAACGCUCUCUAUAUUCUACAGAUCUAGCACGUCUGUUUGAUAAACGUUCCCUACCCUCUACAGAUCUAGCACGUCUUGAUGAUAAACGUUCUCUAACUUCUACAGAUCUAGCACGUCUUGAUGAUAAACGUUCCCUGUCCUCUGCAGAUCUAGCACGUCUUGAUGAUAAACGUUCUCUAUCUUCUACAGAUCUAGCACGUCUUGAUGAUAAACGUUCCCUAUCCUCUACAGAUCUAGCGCGUCUUGUUGAUAAACGUUCUCUAUCUUCUACAGAUCUAUCACGUCUUGAUGAUAAACGUUCUCUAUCUUCUACAAUUCUAGCACGUCUUGUUGAUAAUCGUUCCCUAUCUUCUACAGAUCUAUCACGUCUUGAUGAUAAAAGCUCUCGUUCCUCUACAGAUUUAGCACGCCUUGUUGAUAAACGUUCUCUAUUUUCUAUAGAUCUAUCACGUCUUAAUGAUAAACGUUCUCUAUCUUCUACAGAUCUAGCACGUCUUGAUGAUAAACGUUCUCUAUCUUCUACAGAUCUAGCACGUCUUGUUGAUAAUCGUUCUCUAUCUUCUACAGAUCUA